CUUCUGCGUGUGCCUAUUUUCUAUCUUUUAUAUUGUUAGUUAUAAUUUUGUUUAUACAAGGAAUAUAUUUUUAUUUUUCAGUCUUUCAUAAGGCACUUAAUGUUUUGCUGAUUGAGACACCAGUGAUGAGCCACAUCCACUUUUAGUAACUACAUUCAGUUUGCCUGGCCUGUGGUUAGAUUAUUCAGUAAAAUAAAGACAGAUAGAAAGAAGGACAGUCCAUGUUUCAUGAGAAAAUGAUGCUGAUUUGUCGGCUCUUUGUCGGACACUCUGGUAGAUCUGUCUAACUUUUACCGACAUCCACUGACCAUUUCAUCUGGUAGAUCUUUUAUGAGUCAUUUUGUCCGUAUAUGAUUACCAAUAUUAGUUCACAGACAUAGACAACAAUGUAAACAAUAUAAACAACCUAAUGGGGGAAGCAGCAAAUACAGAAUAAAAUACAAAUGUAAAAAUACAAACAGUUAAACCUGCUGUAAAAAUAUUGGCAUAUAACUUUCCACAUCUUUUUUAACAAGACACCAAAAUGUGUUAGUAUCUAGCAUCUUACAUUUUUGUAGUCUAUAUGUUCAUUUUCAUAAUUAGUGAAGCCAAAAUACUAUAUUUUCUAAAGAAGGUUCAUUAUUAUAAAGCUAAAUUGCCAAGGAUUGCUUUCUAUUGCGGUGCCCAAAAAAGUGCAAGGUGUCUUUGUGAUUUACAAGACGGUUAUCUUGCAUUGAUAUCUAUUCUAAAUCUUGCCACAAGGAAGAACUUGACUGAGGAUGUGAUGGAUAAAGCUUAGAUAAAACUUCCUUGGCUUUGUGUAUCAACAAAUACAUGUAAGGAAAAUUGCAAAGAUCCUCCAUCAAAAGUAUUUCAACACGCUUAUGGCAGGAUAGAGUUACACAUGGAGGCAAAAUAGUUAAGCAGGAAGCUGAUGAUGAUAAGAUUCCAAGAUAUUCUGAGGAUAUGUCAACUGGAUCAAGUGUUGGUGAGCAUGCAUAUAACACAACAUGUAAACACGCCCUUCCUAAUUGGUAAUUGGUUGGCGCGUGAGCUGGCCUACCUGCUCCUGAUAGCGUGACGUCACCGACCACCUGCGUCGUCGAUAGCUGCCGUGUCCUCGCGCGCAGUGGAUUUUGGGGACGAUCGCGUGCCUUGCAGUCUCUCUCUGUCACUAGUCUCUCUCUCUCUCUCUCUCUCUGCCCAGGAUGAAAGAAAUUAAAGAUAUUUUUCCUGAUUAUCACGACGGAGAAUUUCUGGCUCCUAAAAGCGGAAAACAGAAUGAGGACACAAAAACCCAGCCAAAACACAGAGCUCAUGUGAUGGUAGAGCAUACGUUAUGUCAAGGCGCAAGACUGCUUGCUGUAAUUCCUUUCACAUGCUAGUUGUUAGAGUGCAAGUGGAUUCACUAGCUGUGAUUCAGACAGGAAUCACACAGGAUGGACUGAAGUGAGAGAAAAGCUGUUCAUCUUCGCUGCUGGGCAGUGACUGAAACCUGGUGCUCAUGUCGGCUAUGUGGGACACUGACUAUCUGUGGAGAGAGGUGCAGGGGGCGAAGCUGGCCUCUCUCUUUGGUCUGUGCCAAGCUGAGUCUGAAGGAAAUGAGUCUUUCAAGUUCACUGCCCCCAAGCAGCCUAAAAAAGUCCCCUCCACUCUUGGUCCCCCUCCUCCUCCACCAGCUCCAGCUGUUUUACUGGCUGUUGCUGUCCAUGCAUUUCGCUUUGUGAACGGACAAUACGUGGCACAUGGCAAGUUGGGCGCUGCCAUCCUGGGAAACCACUUGAACAAAGAGUAUAAAGUCCUGCUGUAUGGCAGUCAGCAGAAACAAAUCACUACAGCACGAAUCCACCAUGGAUUUGUUCUCACGGUUCAGCCGGGUCACUACACUGCCUUCUAUGAUGAUCAGCGGCAGAGCUGGUCUCUGAAGUUUGACUCGGAGAAAGCUAGACUAGACUUCUGUAAAGAGGUGUGUGUGGCCCGGUGGAACAGUCAGACCUGCAGGGACACGCUGCUGACUCAGGACUUGGUCCAUGGUGAGGGACAGACAGUCUGCAUGGGGGACACAGUGGAGGUGGCCUUGUCCAGCUGGCUGCUUCAGAAUCAUGCUAUGGGGCAGUUAUUUGAUUCCACCUCAUGCAGAGACGAGGUCCAGCGAGUGAGCCUGGGCUCUGACACGCCUCGGAUGGGAUGGGAAAUGGGGAUGUUAGGAAUGCAGAAAGGAGGUCGACGUCUUAUAAUUGUUCCCCCCAGCAUGAGUUACGGGUCAAAAGUUGAUCCAAACCGUUUGCCACCCUCCAGCACACUCGUGUUUGCUGUAGAGGUUCAGCAGGUUAAUUUCUCCAAAGUUGCUGCAGGAUCUACAGACAGCAACAAGUCACUAGAUGGAAAUGCGGGGAGUUCAGUCCAGUCUGCUUUGGGCUGCUCUGACCAAGGAGAUCAAGCGGCAUGGGUUAAGUGCCGAAGUCUAAAUGAGCUUCCAAAGCUUCCAGAUGCAGACAAAGCCAAGCUAAUCUCCCGCAUGGCUAAAAUGGGGCAGCCCACACUGCCUUUCCUGACCAUUGCAGCUCAACCAAGCGACUCGGCGAUAGAGGAAAGCAGUGAGUCGACAUCAGCAUGUGGUUCAUCAGUCCAAGCUGCUGCUUCUUCUCUACUGCCUGUAGAAACCGCUCCAUCUGCAGCCUCCUCAAAACCUGCAGCCGUCCAACACACAGAGGCGGUGAACACACACACAGCUCAGGAGGUGCAUGUCUGCUCAGAUAGAGCUUUCCAGCCUUAUUCUGCAUCACAGCUACAACCUUUCACAUUAUCCUUUCCACCGCAGCACACCCCAUACCUGACCGACAUUGGCUCCUUCAUGAUGACUGAAGCACGACAACAUAACACUGAAAUCCGCUUAGCUGUUGCAAGAGUGACUGACAAAAUUGACUACUUGGCUUCUAAGGUUGAUGAACUACGUAAACACGGCAGCAUCUGCUCUUUGGCUCUGUCCAGUGGAUCUCUGGACACAGCCGUGAUCCUACACAACAUACAGAGAAUUAUUCAGGAAAACACCACUCUGAAGAAGGAGGCACUUGAGACUGGCUCUAGAGUGGAAGAACAGCAAUGUAAAAUAGGAGAGCUCGCUGAACAGAGGUGUAUGGAGAAAAGUCGCUUGCUGCUGGAACAGACAAAUGACGUUCUUCAGAGCAGCAGUCAUCACACCAGGCUUCUACACGCUGAGCAGGAGAAGGUGCGUUUGGCUGAAGAGUUGGACAUGUCGUCUUCUCGUGUGUGGAAGCUGCAGCAGGAGGCAGAUGGUCUCCAGCAGAGGGUGACGGAGCUGCAAGCCGAGCUCAGUGCCGUCCUGCAGGAAAGCCAGAGCCGCUGUGCUCUCAUCACUUCCCUGGAGUCUAAGGUGGAAGAGCUGGAGAAGGAGGUUGCACAAUCUCAGCAGCAGUGGAGAGAAGAGAGACAGAAGCGCAGAAAGAUGGAGUGGACAAUGACGAACAUGGAGGAGGAGAUUCAAGACCUGAGGGCAGAGAACGAGAGCCUGAACCAGCUGCUGGCAGACAGGAAGAGGAAGUGGCAGCAGGAACGGGAGCGCUUUCUAUUGGAGCUGGAGGAGCAGCGCUGCAGCAGUGAUCAGGAACAGCAGCAGCUCCUUGACCAGCUCAGGAAAGCCAGAGUCCAUGCUGGAACACGCAGCAGACCACAGCUGGAGACAGGGUGGCAGGAGAGGCGUGAUGCAGCACUGAAGGAGCAGAAAUUAAAACUAGAAGAAGAGAACACUCUGCUACAGAAACAGAAUGCAACAUUACAGAAGGAACUGGAGAGAGAAAGACAGCAACUUGAGGCCCAGGUGAAGUGGGUGAUGAAUGAGCUGUUCCACACUCUGAGAGCACAGUUUAAUCUGCAGGAGUCUUAUUCCGGGGAAUCUGUCCUGAAGAUCGUCCUCAGCACCAUCAAGUGUGUGACUAUGCAGUUCCUUAAGGAGCGAAAGUCCGAAGAGGAAGAGGAGGAGGAGGAGUACAUCUCUGCAGAGGAGAGACAGAGUGAAGGAAUGAAAGAGCAUAGUAUAAAAAGUGAGGAAAUGGAAAGCCCCCAGAGCCUGGACCACACCUACAUGACCGCGUAUGAAACUCAGUCUAGAAGCUUCUGAAGUGAGCAGUGAUGCUUCAUUAGCUUCAGAUGUACAGAAGCAGCGGUCAUUGAACUCAGAGUGAAAGGGUUUGAACAUGAGAUCUGAUUUCCGGAGACAUUAUAGUAACACUAAAGGACAGUCACACUCCAGCCUUUACACACUGGAUCAACUUGCCGGUUACUUACCAGGUUAGUAGUGUGUGCUGGGAGGAAAAUCACCAAAUGUGCAACGAGCCUAAAACUAACAUCUGGUUAAAUAAUUACUACAAUC